CAUCACAGAGACGGAAAAACCACCAGAUGGCGGUUUAGGAUUGCUGCUCUUCUCCGAAGGCGCGGUUCCGCUCGCUCGGCCAAUUUUCAAUAUUAAAAUACGCACGAUAUUAUCACGAAAAUCGAUUAAUCGUUGCGGAGGGCGCUAAUCGAUUCGGCGAUGGUCGCUGAAGGAGCUGAAGAGAGUUAAGUGCCAGGACUCUGAGUGUCGUCCGUCCUGGAGUCUCUCCUCCCUGCCAUUCCAGACCUUCCCCCCCCUCCCCCCCAACUGAUCUGCCAUCUCGCACGUCCAUCUUUGGACUGGAAACGCACUCAGUCCUGAGUACGCACACAACCACAGUCACACACCUAACCACCUCCCCCCCCGGCCAGGAUGAUCACCUCGGAGCUCCCCGUCCUACAGGACUCGUCCAACGAGUCUGGGGCCACAGACACAGUCGGCUUGAGUAUGAGCAUGAGCGAGCUGGAGGAUCCAGAGGUGAAAGGGAAGAAGAAAAGAGGGAGGCCUGGAAAACAAGCCGCGACAUCCAAUAAGAAGCCUCGAAAGGCGCCAGCGGACAAGACAGUGGGACCAGCGCGAGGUCGAGGGAAAGCCAAUGGUGUGGCUCAACAUAAUGGAGACAGCGGAGACCCCAUUACUCUGUUUGAAGUGGUCAAACUGGGAAAGAGUGCCAUGCAGUCUGUGGUGGACGAGUGGAUUGAAUCGUACAAACAGGACAGAGACCUGGCGCUGCUGGACCUCAUCAAUUUCUUCAUCCAGUGCUCAGGGUGCAAAGGCACUGUGAGGAUCGAGAUGUUCAGGAACAUGCAGAACGCUGAGAUCAUCCGCAAGAUGACCGAGGAGUUUGACGAGGACAGUGGGGAUUAUCCUCUCACCAUGCCCGGGCCUUUGUGGAAGAAGUUCCGCUACAACUUCUGCGAGUUUAUCAGCGUUUUGAUUCGUCAGUGUCAGUACAGCAUCAUCUACGACGAGUACAUGAUGGACACCGUGAUCUCCCUCCUCACCGGGCUCUCCGACUCUCAAGUGCGAGCCUUCAGACACACCUCCACGUUAGCAGCGAUGAAGCUGAUGACAGCACUGGUGAACGUGGCACUGAACCUCAGCAUUCACCAAGACAACACGCAGAGACAGUACGAGGCGGAGAGGAACAAGAUAGCCGGCAAACGAGCCAAUGAGAAGCUGGAGCUGCUGCUACAGAAGAGGAAAGAGCUUCAGGAAAACCAAGAUGAAAUAGAAAACAUGAUGAACUCCAUCUUCAAGGGAAUCUUUGUGCACCGCUACAGGGAUGCGAUUGCAGAGAUCAGAGCCAUCUGUAUUGAGGAGAUUGGAGUGUGGAUGAAGAUGUACAGCGACGCUUUUCUUAAUGAUAGUUACCUGAAAUAUGUUGGUUGGACACUACACGAUAGGCAAGGAGAAGUGCGUCUCAAGUGCCUGAAGGCUCUGCAGAACCUGUACACGAACCGAGAGCUGUUCCCCAAGCUAGAGCUUUUCACCAACCGCUUCAAGGACCGCAUAGUUUCAAUGACGCUGGAUAAGGAGUAUGAUGUGGCUGUGGAGGCCAUCCGACUGGUCACACUCAUUCUGCAGGGCAGUGAAGACGCCUUGUCCAAUGAGGACUGUGAGAACGUGUACCACCUGGUCUACUCUGCCCACCGGCCUGUGGCUGUGGCUGCGGGAGAGUUCCUGCACAGGAAGUUGUUCAGUCGUCACGACCCACUGGCGGAAGAAGCGCUGGCGAAGCGCAGAGGGAGGAGCAGUCCCAACGGAAAUCUCAUCCGCAUGCUGGUGCUCUUCUUUUUGGAGAGCGAGCUCCAUGAGCACGCAGCCUACCUCGUGGACUCGCUGUGGGAAAGCUCUCAGGAGCUGCUGAAAGACUGGGAGUGUAUGACUGAACUUCUGAUGGAGGAGCCGGUGCAGGGAGAGGAGUUGUUGUCCGACCGACAGGAGAGUGCGCUGAUAGAGCUCACCGUGUGCACCAUCCGACAGGCAGCAGAGGCACACCCACCUGUUGGCAGGGGCACCGGCAAACGGGUGCUGACAGCAAAGGAGAGGAAGACCCAGAUAGACGAUAAGAACAAACUGACAGAGCACUUCAUCAUGGCUCUGCCCAUGCUCUUGUCCAAGUAUCAGGCGGACUCGGAGAAGGUAGCCAACCUGCUGCAGAUCCCCAUGUUCUUCGACCUGGACGUGUACAGCGCCGGGCGCAUGGAGAAGCACCUGGACGCGCUGCUGAAGCAGAUCCGUCUGGUGGUGGAUAAGCACAUCGAAGCCGACGUGCUGGAGGCCUGCAGUAAGACCUACAGCAUCCUCUGCUCUGAAGACUACACCAUCAUGAACCGCGUGGACAUCGCCCGCUCGCAGCUCAUCGACGAGAUGACCGACCGGUUUUCACACUCGGUGGAGGGGCUGCUGCAGGAGGCUGAGGAGGCAGAUGACGAUGACAUCUACAACGUGUUAUCUACUCUAAAGAGACUCACGGCUUUUCACAAUGCCCAUGACCUGACGCGGUGGGAUUUAUUCGGGAGCUGUUACCGGCUGCUGAAAGCGGGCAUCGAGCAGGGCUCCAUGCCAGAGCAGAUCGCCGUCCAGGCCCUGCAGUGCUCCCACUACUCCAUCCUGUGGCAGCUGGUCAAGAUCACAGAGGGCGCCCCCAGCAAGGAUGACCUGUUGGCUCUCAGGAGAGUGGUGAAGUCUUUUCUGGCGGUGUGCCAGCAGUGCCUGUCCAACGUCAACACGCCAGUCAAAGAACAGGCGUUCAUGCUGCUCUGUGACCUGCUGAUGAUCUUCAGUCACCAGCUGGUUUCCGGUGGCAGGGAGGGCCUCCAGCCUCUGGUCUUCAACCCGGACGGCGCUCUGCAGAGCGAGCUCCUCAACUUCGUCCUGGACCACGUCUUCAUCGACCAGGAUGACGAGAGCCAGAUGGAGGGAGACGAGGAGGAUGAAGCCAACAAGAUUGAGGCUCUUCACAAGAGGAGAAAUCUGCUCGCAGCUUUCUGCAAACUCAUCAUCUACGACAUCGUGGACAUGCCCGCUGCUGCCGACAUCUUCAAGCACUACAUGAAGUAUUAUAAUGAUUACGGAGACAUCAUCAAGGAGACUCUCAGUAAAACCAGACAGACGGACAAGAUUCUCUGUGCCAAGACACUCAUCCUCAGUCUGCAGCAGUUGUUCAACGAGCUGCUGCAGGAUCAGGGUCCCAACCUGGACCGGACGUCGUCCCACGUGAGCGGCAUCAAGGAGCUGGCCCGUCGCUUCGCCCUCACCUUCGGCCUGGACCAGAUCAAGACCAGGGAGGCUGUGGCCACGCUGCACAAGGAUGGAAUAGAGUUUGCAUUUAAGUACCAGAAUCCUCGAGGAUCAGAGUUCCCUCCCCUCAACUUGGCCUUCCUGGAAGUCCUGAGCGAAUUCUCUUCGAAACUAAUACGGCAAGACAAAAAGACGGUCCACAACUAUCUGGAGAAGUUCAUGUCGGAGUCCAUGUCGGAGCGUCGGGAGGACGUGUGGCUGCCGCUGAUCUCCUACAGGAACAGCCUGCUGACGGGAGGAGAUGAGGACCACAUGUCCGUCACCUCAGGCUCCAGCAGCAAGACCGGCUCAGUCCGCAGCAAGAAGGGACGGCUGCCAGUCCACAAGAAACGAAUCGAGGGUCCAGAGGAGAGCAGUGUGGAGGGCUCGUGGCUGUUGCGUAAUGACACUCUACAGACACCGGGGGCGCUGCAGACUCCUCAGCUCACCUCAACAGUCCUCAGAGAGAACAGACCGGCAGAGCACAUGCCAGACCCGGACUCAGAACCUGGAUCAGAGAACGACUUCGUACACAAUCCUCAGAUGCAGAUGUCGUGGCUCGGGCAGCAGAAGAUGGAGGAGGUGAACAGGAAGGACCGGACGGGCAUGAACUACAUCAAGUCACGCAGCAAUCAGGGCGUCCGGCAGACAGUGCGCGGGUUAAUGGAGGAUGACGCAGAGCCGAUCUUCGAGGACGUGAUGAUGUCAUCGCGAGGUCAGCUGGAGGACAUGAAUGAGGAGUUCGAGGACACUAUGGUGAUCGACCUGCCGCCAUCAAGGAACAGACGUGAAAGAGCAGAAUUAAGACCAGACUUCUUUGACUCUGCAGCAAUGAUUGAGGACGAGUCGGGAUUCACCAUGCCCAUGUUCUGAUCGAGAGAGGCAAAGAUCCUGAGACCAGGAUCCAAAUCAAGAGUACACAGAUGAGGGGGGGGGGGUGUGUUUGGACGUCUGACCACCUGCCAACCAAACUCUUUAAGAAGAAGAAGAAAAAAACACCUUGUUGAAGUACUUGUCUCUUUCUGUAAGACGUGAUGGACGGACAUUUUGUCGACUGGUGGAUCCUCACGUCGGCUGGAUCUCACCUGGAAGCGUCGAGCGAGCCGCCGCUCGGUUUUUAUCAGACGGGCCGGAGGAUCCAGAACCUCGUCGGCUCUUAUUCUUCCUCCUCUUCCUCUUCAUCCUGUCGGUUCAGCUCUUCUCAGCGGUCACUCUGGCCACGUACUCCUGCAGCCAGCCGAUGAGCACCUGCUGGGGUUUUUUCCGGUUCUCUGUCAAACAGACGUACGGUUGUUUGUUUCGCGAUCAGCGGCACAGAGCGACAUAUCACUCUGUACAGCCCCGCCCCCUUUCUUUGGCGUCCCAAUUCAAUGCGUCUGGUUAAAUCUGACAUGGGGGGGGGGGGGUCUCAAUACUAAAUGUUCUGUAUCUUUGCUCUUACUACCACCCAGUGACCCCCCCCCCCCCUCUCCCCUCUCCUCUCUCUGUUCGCCAUCUGAGUCCCGUGUGUGUGCAUGUGUGUGUGGUGGUGCUGGUGGUGUGGUGACGUGCGUGUGUGUGUGUGUAGUGUUGGUGACGAUGGUGACGAGAAGCCGCACACGUACACACAGAGGUCAACAGGCGUAGUCCGACCUGCAGGAAGUGAUGUAACUUGUCCUUAUGUGUGAUGUCGAAGCAAAGCCACGCCCCGCUGACCGACCUCAGACAGAAGCCCCGCCCCCUCUCCGAUCUCAGAAACGUUCACGUGCACACACCUACUCACACAUUCUGAAUAAUGGCUUUUUGAAGUAAAAAAAAGAAGUUUUUAAAAAAAAGACAAUAAACAUAUUUUGAAUUCUGUAGCUUUAGUACUAAAGUUUUAAAUCAAGUGUGUUUUUGUUUUUGUCCGAUGUUUGUACAGCUUUUUCUUCGAUAUGUAUCUUGUUCGUUGCCAAAUUGUGGCCUACAUAUUUACAGUAUAUUCCAGCCCCUCCCCCCUCCCCCCCCCCUCCACCUGUGAGUCAUAUCUAACGGUUACAAGUGCUGAGUGGUGCCGUGGGACACCAGCUUUCAAAGCGCUGUAUGGUCUGAUUGUAGUUGUUUCACGGUUCAGUAUUACAGCAGAUUUAUCUGUUGGUUCAUCUUCCAGGUCAAAUGGAGUUUGUUGUUUUCACACCUGCACACAGCAGCGUUACCUGACUGAGCUUGGUUGUUAUCAUCGUUCAUAUCCAGUGCAGUGAUGGAUCUUUGUGUCUGACAGAUUUGUUUGAAUGUGUUUUUGAAUGUGUCCAGCCAUAUUUUCAGUCGGGUUAAUCAAUCAUUCACGUUUCCUCAUCGGCUCGUCAGUCGGUCAUUGGUCGGCUCGUCAGUCGUUCAUUGGUCGGCUCGUCAGUCGUUCAUUGGUCGGCUCGUCAGUCCUCCCGUGAGUAUCAGAGACAAUUGGAUCUUUUCUGCAGUGCAGUGGACGUCAGUUGCCCUAAAAUGCUCUAAAAGCCAGUUUUUUUUUCUUUUUUCUGUGAACCUAAAUUCUUUUUAAUAAAAUAAAAUCUGUAAUCGAUUUAUGGACCAGUGGUUUGUGUUGUGUUCCAAACAGCUGCAUCUUUGUUGAGUACAAAUUUCAAUUUGUCAGAGAUAUGAAUCGUUUAUUCUUUCCAAGAGGACCAGGGGCCCCUUGUUUUCCCCACCAAUGCAUCAACAGAGAAUAAAAAAAUGACAAGAAGAAGACCCUGAUCUGAAGUGGAUGCAAAACAAAGACACGUUUUUGUUUUUAUACUUUGAACAAAUUUCUGAACUAAACUUCUUAAUGAAUGAACAGGUUCCUGCAGGAUCUUAAAUACAUUAAAAU